ACACUUCUUGUCCACAACUUUUCUGGAAAAAAAACGGAAAAAAAAGAAAAACAUCAUAGCUAUACUAUUGAAAAAAUAAAAAAGGAUCUCUCGGACUGAUUUUGACUUUAACUUGAUUCUAAUAAUGAUGUUAUUUUAGUUCAAGAUGUCUUCAUGCUCACCUGCAAGUUCUACGUGCAAUUAGAAUACCGUUAAAACAAAUAAUAAUUUGUGGCAGUUUAAAAUAGGUCCUUAUACGCAAAUUCCAUAUUGUUACCAAAGCUUUUCUAUGCCAGUCAACGCGAAAAUGAGGAUCUCCUGCGAAACUACGCUCGCGACUUGACUGCAAUUUGUCGAUUUUUUGCCGGUUUUUCUAGUCGCCUCUUAGGGCUGCUUUCCACUUUUACGGCGGAAAACUUCAAACAAAGGGCUUAUAACGGGCUAAACCCUCUUCAACAUACCGCUACUCAAAUUUUCUAAACAUCCGGGUGUGUACGUUAAUAUACAUUUUAAAGUGAUAACUAUUUUGUGUGAUAAGUAUGAAUAGGUUGAUAAAACGAUCACAUAGCGCCUAGCCAUUGCAAUGUGUUCAAGCUUAUAUCUUUGAGAAUAUUUUCAUAAAAUGGGAACAUAUCGCCUCACACAGUUCUCACCAAAAUGACGCCGAAGUAUAAGUGUAGCCAUAUAGUCGCAUACAGUCCAAUAUAACAUGUCAAGGAUUCUUGGAGGAUUUCAACACAUUUUAUGACAUUUUACGAGUGCGGCUCGUUUUAAACUUCAUUUCUAUUCAAAACUAUUCAGUUGUUUAACAACGCUUGCACUUGCAAGAUGGCUCGUAAUCUUGGCUUCAGUUUUCAACUCUUGUAUCGAGUCGUUUUUUUUCUCUUCUGUUUGUCGUUUGCCUUUUUUUUUCGUGAUGAUGGUAGCUCAAGACUCAUCACACGAAAGAUGAAAACGGAAUCAAGAAAAUUGAGAGAAGAAUUCAACGACAAACCCUCAAGUCGUAAAGUUUUAAAUAAACAAAACGAAUCGUUUCCUAACACAACAGAGAAUUCUGAACAGACUGAUGUCGACAAGACGGUGGAUGGUUUUUCAGAGAUAAAAGGAACAGAAAUUGCAGUGGAAACACGACGAGGAAAUGGUUCAACUCCGCCGCCAAAAGAUGAACAUCCCAGGAAGAUAUCAAACUCAAUUUCUCAUGUGAGUCGAUCCCAAUGGAACAGCGGCGUCAAGGAAAAAACAUCUUCGUUGAGCCACAGAUUUUUUCAGCCACAAAACUUCUCAACAAGGCAGCACAACCGGAACAGACGACACAUUGAUGCAAUCACAAGAAGUAAGACAGAUUUGAUCGAAUGCGCGAAUUCUACCUUUACUAUAAAAUAUAAAGAUGAUUACAGAGUGUGGAACAACUUCUCAAUCAUGUACCAGGGUGAAAUAUACCAUUAUAACCAGUACAGAGUCACAAAAGAAGGUCUAGAAGUUUGUAAUUCUUCCAACACUCUUAUCCAACAAAGAUGGCGAAAUUUGAUUACUAGCGAAAAGGAAAAGAUGGCUUCCAGACAUUGCAAUGUAUCCGUGGAUGGUUUUCCAAGGCGAGAUUACAAAGUGCAUAAAAAUUUGACUGUUUUCUUCAAACUCACCAAGCAAAAUUUUCUGAAGACAGAUUACGGUGUAAUUUUUGGAUGUUUGGCAAUUUGUUCGGCGAAGCUCAGUCUAUCCUGCGAUGAUUAUUUGGUUAAAGUAAAGUACGGGGAACAAUACCAGAUUUGGAAGAAUUUUUCGCUGUUAUACAACAACAAGAUUUAUAAUUACAACGAAUAUCGAUUCAACUACGAAAGUAUUGAGAUAUGUGCCUCCGAAGAUUCGAAAAUUCAAACGAUUUGGAGAUCGCAAAAUUCGUGGAUAAAGUAUAAAGACAGGUAUGAAUGCCUUGCCCAAGGUGAUCAUUACAUUAAGAAGACGCAUUACCAUUUAAAUAGCCGAAUCACCGAGCCAGUACUGGAGAGCGGUGAUUAUCUCACCAAGCAUGAAUAUGGAAAGAAUGACGAGGAACAUUUCGUAUGUGAAGGAAAAUUAAGCCCAAAAUCAACCAAGGAAGAUCUAUUAACAUGCAACGAUUCAAUCAUCAAUAUAAAAUACGAUGAUGAAUACAAAGUUUGGAAUAACUUUUCAAUACUCUAUAAGAACAAGGUGUAUGAUUAUACUGAGUAUCGAGUUCUGAAUGAUACCAUAAAGAUUUGUAACUCCACUGAUGACUACGUACGGAAUAUUUGGAAAUUGCGUAAUAACUGGAUAAAGAGGAAAAGGACUUUUAAAGAUUGCAACCAAGCCUUCGGCUUAAAUUAUUGUGUCGUGAGCAAGCAGCUCCAUGUUUACUGGGCAGCAACUGGUCAACAGUUUAAAAAGAGUGACUAUGGGGUUGUACACGGUAAACCCUACGUAUGUGAAGGAAAAUUCAGACCAAUAUCAACAGAGUUUACCAAGGAAGAUCUAUUAACAUGCAACGAUUCAAUCAUCAAUGUAAAAUACGAUGAUGAAUACACAGUUUGGAAUAACUUUUUAAUACUCUAUAAGAACAAGGUGUAUGAUUAUUCUGAGUAUCGAGUUCUGAAUGAUACCAUAAAGAUUUGUAACUCCACUGAUGACUACGUGCGAAAGAUUUGGAAAAUGCGUAAUCGCUGGGUAAAGAGCGUUAGCUCUUUUAAAGGUUGUAUAAAUGAAAACUUUGGCUUAUUUGAUUAUGUUGUCAGCAAGCAGUUUAAACUCUACUGGGUAGGAACUGCUCAAUACUCGGGAAGAAAUGACUAUGGGGUGGUAGGAGGAAGACCAUACAUGUGCAAAAGAAAAUUCAGACCUGCAUCAACAGAGUUUACCAAGGAAGAUCUAUUAACAUGCAACGAUUCAAUCAUCAAUAUAAAAUGCGAUGAUGAAUACAAGAUUUGGCCGAAAAGAAACUUUUUAAUAGUCUAUAAGAAUAAGGAGUAUGAUUAUACUGAGUAUCGAAUUCUGAAUGAUACCAUAAAGAUUUGUAACUCCACUGAUGACUACGUGCAGAAUAUUUGGAAAAUGCGUAAUUACUGGGUAAAGCUCUUCACAUAUUUUGAAAUUUGUUAUGAAUCCAUUAUCAGAAAGACGAAGCGAGGGUAUUUCUCUCUACUCAAAAACGUGAAGUUGCAGGAAAUCAUAAAAACGUACAAGAGAGGAGAUUUCUCUCUUUUUGCGAAACCAGGUUGGCAGAAUAUCAUGAAGAGUAACAGUCCAGGAAAUAUAUCUGUGCUGGAAAUGGAAAAGCUGCAAAAAAGGGUGAAGGAAUUCAAGCGAGAAUUUCCCAUUCUAUUGAGAGAUGUAAAGUUGAGAAGAAGCCCUAUGACAUAUGGCGUAUUGGAGAGUAAAUUCAUAUCAUGUGAUAAAAAACUAAUAGAACGUAAUAUAUCAGAUAUUCGACUGUCUUUCAUAGCACCAUUUUGUGCCUUGGCUCUCUCAAUUAUUUGUUUAUUAUUGUUGUUGAUUGUUUAUGGGAUACUUCCAGAGUUGCGCACUCUUCCUGGUUUGAAUUUGAUGAGUUUAAGCUUCUCAUUUCUCUUGGCAUUGAUUAAUUACGUAGUAUACUUGUCAUUGUAUUUACGUGUUGAUAAAGAAUUGGAUUUCCCAUGUGCCAUGCUUGAAAUAAUAAAUAAGUUUAUUUCGUAUAACAUUCUCAUGAAUGCUGUUGUUAAUAUCUAUCACUUGAGAAAAACCUUUUGCCGCAAUACUUUGGUCAGAUUUGAUGUAAACAAGUUGAAAACUUUCAUUAAGUACAGUCUCUUUGGUUGGGGUGUUCCUGUCGUUAUAACUAUUGUCUACAUUGUUCUUGUGAAGACAGGAAUCUUGAGGUUUCAUCAGAAUACUGAGGGAUCAGUUUCUUGUGUUAAGGAUCAUAAAAUUCCUAAUUGGCUGGCUGUUGUUGAGAAUUAUGGUGUUCCAGGCUGUCUUUUGUUGUACAUCAUUGCAAUGUUCAUCUUCACCGCUUAUCGAAUUCGUAAAAAACUGAGAGCAAGCAACAGCAUUGUACAGAGAUCAAACAUUGUUAAGGAUCGCAGAAGCUUUGUCUUGUUGUUUAAGCUGUCAACUACUACAGCCAUCAGCUGGACUCCUCUUGUAUUUGAAGAUUUAGUGUUUAAUUCUGACCUAAUGAUAGCAUUACUGACGGUAGCAUGGCUUACUGGUGUUUAUGUUGGAAUUGCGUUUGUUUUCACUCGAAAAAAUUACCAGCUGCUCAGGAAGAAAUAUUUUAGUUAGAAAGAUAAAUGUUCAUGAGUGAGUGAUAUGAGUGACUGUGAAAAUAUAAAAGGAAAAAAUCGCAAAAAAUAUUUCAAAAAUCAUAUUGUUGUGCAUGAAACUUUCACGAUUUUGCAAAAAUUAUCUCAAUUAUCACGUAUGUAGAAGAUAAAAUGUGUGCAGUUAGAGUCAACAAGUAUUGUAAGCAUUAAUAAAUUAGCAUGUAAAUAAAUGUAAUGUGUAUGGAGCCAUUAUGCAACACCAGGUCCGAUUGUAGGUAGAUACAUGCACGUAUUCCCAGAAAGUUAAAUUUAACUGGAUUGUGUGCCAUUAGUAUAGAAGUAUAUAUAACUAAAUAAGAAGUUAAC